AAAAGGGAAAAAGGAAAGAAGAGAGAGAGAAAAAAAAAGAGAAAAUGUAGAGAGAGAGAGUAAUGGAAUUUUGUAGAGAGUAGAUGAGGAAGUAAUGAACGUGACCAUCCACUUCCAAACCCCCCCCAUGGCCCCAUCUAUAUAAACCUCCUCCUUUCCCCAUUCCCCACUUUCUUCUCCUUCCGCCACCAAAUCCCAUUUCCCUCUCUCUCUCUCUUUCUACUUUCUCUCUCAUCACCACCGAUUUCACCAUGUCUGACCUUGAAUGGGUCGACGUUGCUCUCUCCGAUGACUCUCUCGUCGUCGACUUACUUCUUCGCCUCAACCGUCCUCCCUCUCCCCCACUCCCUCUCGACUGGUCUGUUCGUCAGCCUCGUUCCAAGCAGAUUCUUCCUCGCCACACCUCCGAUUCCGCUGCCAGAGCCAGUCCCACCACUCCCCUCACUUGGAGCAGCAGCGGCGGCGGCGGUGGCGGCGGCGGAUUCGUCGACGCAUCCGACGCCGCAAGAUCUAAGAUUGCUGGUAAGAGUGAAGUGGUUGCAACAAUGAAGAGGCCAAGAAAGAAAAAAACAUUAGGAGAACUUAAAGAGGAGGAAGUUUUGCUAUUAAAGGAAAGGAGAAGCUUGAAAGAUGCCUUGGCUACCUUGAGGCUUUCCGUGGAAAAACAAAGGGCUAUGAAUGGAAGCUUGAAGAAAAUGAAGCUUGAUCUCGAAUCGCAGCAAGCGACCAAAAUGGUUGUAACAUCUGCUGUUCUGGGGGAAGCAAAUUCCAACCAAUCACAACAACUGCAGACGCCACCCAGAUCAAUGUGCAGCACAACGCCCAUUGGAGCCGACGCUUCUUACCAAUUAACAAUGCCAAAUGUUUCUUGCAAACUACAAGAGAUUGCAACUUUAGGGACCGUUCGUUUAUUACCCGAUCUUAAUUUGCCUUUUCAGGAGGAUUCUAGCACCGAGGCCCUGUACCGAAUGAGCUAGGCAGAUUCAACAGAUUGAGCAUAUAUUAAGCUUCCUUAACCGAGAGACAAAAAUUGACAACGUGGACGAGGAGAGGGCAUUUGCUUCUUAAUAAGAUGUUCCUAAAUCCUAACCCUGCCAUAGGCUUCAGUUACUUGUAACUGUAAUUAACAAAACCAAUUUUCUCAGCUGCAUAUUCAUAUAACAUCCUUUUUUUCCCUUUCCAUAGUACCAAAAAAAAAAAAAAAAUCGAGAAGAGAACCACGUCGAGACCCCUGAAAAACCCUUUAGCUCUUUAGUUAUAUUAUUCAUUCCACAGGUUUCUGCAUAUGCUUAUAUUCUUUGGAGCCAGACCCUCUCCCUCUCCGUCAUCUCAGACACAAAAGAGAUUGAUUGCAAACACUGUAAUUAUUAUUAUUAGAUAAAAAGCAAACAAGAUUCUGUGUUCUCUACAUCUAAUUUUUAAUGAUAGAAUUGCUAUGUCAUUUCUUCAA